GAUUUUUGAUCAUUUGGCAGUCAUUGAACGCACCACAAUGCCGUGAGCAUAGCAGCCGCCUAGCCCAGCUAGUAUUUUCUUUUCCGCCCGUUGAUCUGAUGAGGAGUGUUGUUCUCGUGCCCACUGCCAGCAGGAAACUUGGGUGUAUGCUUCUGCCAGCUGGAUGCUGUUACUGGAUAGUACACCAUUCCAAUGGAGCGGUAAAUACUAUAUGUGCUUUUGGAGAACUGUUUUCUACAGUCAUUGGUUUGCUGGACAAAGUGGCCCACCCGAGGGGUCCCCUGCCAUUGACCGGCAAGUCACCCUGGCUGAGAAUUGCCUGGUUGCCAGGGCAGAAGGAGCAGAGCAGGGCAGGCAGCCACCCCUGCUAGCGCUGAGAAAUUGUAAGACCAGAAUGACAAAAAGAAAGGCCAGUCCUGAAAAAAAGAUCCCCAUAAAAAGAAGGAGGGUCAGUGAGCAGGCUGGUCCUUCCACCAGCUCAGAUGCUCAUGUGGUCAAAGGAGUCAAGCGCAAGGUCCAACAAGAUGAAGCGGGGACAACCAAUACAGCAAAAAAGUGUAAACUUCUUGACCAUAUGAGCGGUGACAAGGGACAAGCAUCUUCCUGGUUGGACACUGGUAAAGACUGCAGCAUAGACAUUUCAGAGAGCUGCAGUAAAAACCAAAACGCUGGCAAAAGGAAAGCUGCGGGAGACAGGAGGGACCCACCUAAGAAGAAGAACGUGGACCAGGACAAAACCAAAAAUGUUGCCAAAAAGUCAGUGGCCGAACAGAAACGUGACUUCCAAGCGAGAUACGUGGAGGAGCACCGGCUUGGAGAAGGAGGCUGCGGAGCAGUGUUUGCUGGCUACCGCAUAAAAGAUCAUUUUCCAGUGGCCAUCAAACACAUCCCAAAGGGGAAAGUGUACUGCAAAGUGACGGAUGAAAACGGGAAGCAUCUGUCAGUGGAAGUUGCCAUCAUGCUGAAGCUUGCAGCUGAAGCAGAUGGAUCAGUGGGAACAUCAGCCCCAGUGUCUCUGCUGGGGUGGUUUGACUUUGGCAGAGAGCUGAUCCUGGUGAUGGAGAGACCUGUCCCCGCUGUGGACCUGGAUAAAUACAUAGAAGAAAAUGGAGGAUUUUUACCAGAGGCCAAGGCCAAGGUCAUUCUGAAGCAGCUGGUUGAUGCUGCGAAGCACCUGGAGGAUAAACACAUCUUUCACCGGGACAUCAAGAGUGAGAACAUUCUAAUUGAGACCGGCUCAGAUGUACCGCGUGUUCGUAUCAUCGACUUUGGACUGAGCUGCUUUGUUAAGGAGCGGUCGCUGUACCGCGUCUUCUAUGGUACAGACAUUUACUCCCCUCCCGAGUGGUACAGGCGCAGUUGCUACAGGUGUGGACCCACCACGGUAUGGCAAAUGGGAGUGGUUCUGUACGAAGCGCUUCAUGUGGGGGACUUUAACACCACGAGCUUCCUCAAAAAGCGCCUGAAAUUCAAAAGCCGUCUGUCUAAACGCUGCCGGGAUUUCUUGGACGCGUGUUUAACCAGAGUCCCAGAGAUGCGGCCGACGCUGGAGGACCUCCAGCAUCACGCUUGGCUGAGAUAAACCCAUCACACACACACACAAACACACGCAAUUCAGACGUUAUCAUGUAUGUGUGAUAUAUGAGGUAACUUUCUUUUUUUCUGUUUGACAGGAAAUAAUUUUUUUAAUUGCCCUAUUUUAAACUUUGGUGUUUUGGAAUUCCUGUAACCCCCCCCCCCAGCCAUCCCAGGAAAGGGGAUCUCUCUUUGAAUGGGCUUUCCGAGGUUUCUUCCGUCAAUCUG